ACAGCAACAGCAACAGCAACAGCAGCAGCAACAGCAACAGCAGCAACAGCAGCAACAGCAACAGCAACAGGAACAGCAACAACAACAGUGGCAGCUGACGAUUGAGGAUAUGGAUCCAGAGGACGAACCCUUGGCAGAAGAGGAAGUUCAGAACCAGGAGGACACAGAUCUUGAGGCUGUUACUGAAACAGAAGCAGAGCGCAUACAUUCUCUGAGGAGGCCACUGAGCACGGGAGAUAUAUCGUCGGAGACGCUCUCUGAACGUGUGCUGGCUUUCGAGGCCGAGCUUGGGAUGGAUCGAAGGGACCGGGGCAAUAACUCUGUGCGGUCACGACAGCAUCCGAGGAAGGACUCUGUCCACAGCGAUGUCAACACGCGGAUUGCUGGGAGCAGUGGCAAGAAGACCACACAACAUCCCUCGUCUGUGGGGGCAUUGGAGAAGACAAAGGGAGCUGGAGGUUCUUUCCGAAUGUUUUGGGAGGGUAUCAAGGAAAACCUGGGGUUUGGACUCGGAGGCAAGGCGAACAAGAUCCUGGUAGCGGUGAUUGUGAUUGCGGUGUUGGGGUCGAGCGUGGCGAAACUGAAGCGACGCUGAAGCUGAGGCGGAGGAGGGGGAGUGUGUUCUAUUUCUGGGAGGAGAAGGAUAAGAAUGGGGCACUUGCCUCGUUUUGCAUUCUUUUUGUAUCAUAUAAUAAUCUAUCUACUAUCCUUUGCUGCCCUGCUGCUGCUUACCACUUUUGUACUUGUAAUACAACAUGUUGCUCUUGCGCAUCCAUUUUGAGAUCUGAAUAACAUGCAUCAACGGGAUACGUGCAGUCCACUGCCACAGCCCCUUUCUCUGCAUGGACACAG